GUGAAAGCGGUUUUGCAGAAAUCGAGAAAAUGUUUUCGAAAUUUGAGCGUGACAGUGCGUUAAGUUUAGCGUGCGAGAACAUCUGUAUUUACGAAUUUAAUAUUUUGUGUUUGACUUUGUUUUUGCAAAUGGAAAAUUGGCAGGAAAAUCGCUCACAUUAGUGGCAUUCGCAGACCCUCGUGCCAGUGUGAAAUUCUCCGCUGGGCACAGCUGUUCGGGUGUUUUGAGUUUAAAAUUGCAGAAAUUCGAUUAUUGAAAAUCGGAGUGUCGCAUAGACGAUCACGACAGCGACGCGUUGUUGCGUCGCCGUUCAAUUUAAUUUGGUUUUUGUUUAAUGUGAUUGUUGGCUGGCGUCAGCCUUUUGCCUGUUGCUGUGCUAAUAAAAAAUAUACAUAUUUUUUAAUUGAUGUACAUAACGUUGGAUGCUUCAACGUUAAGGCUGCUGUCACAGAAGGAAGAAGCAUUGUAAGUGGUGAAUAGCGUUCAAGUUAACAAAGCGCAUCAGAAAGAAGUAUAAAUUAAAUAAGAAAAAAAUAUAAAUAAAUAGAACAGGUGUGUCGCUGGUGCGCUUAAUCUAAUAGUCUGACUAAGAAAUGUAUGAAGGCAGUGAGCGACGUGCGCAUACAAAUAACAUAAUAUAUGAGCACACCUGUCAGAAUAUAUAAAUAUCAUUUGAUGAGCGAAAUCGACGAACAGCUGAAAAAUUGUGAUUUUCUUCGCUCUCCCUACCCGCCAGACCAUAAAGCUCGCCGCUCUAAGCUUAGGUCACUCAUACGCCUCAUCACACGCGAACAUAGUGUCCGAUUUGUUUGUAGAUAUGCACCAGCGGUGCACAGCUGCAGCAUUGGAAAGUGCAAAGCAACGAAAAAAUAUACAGUACAAUAACAACAACAGCUACGGCCCCACUACAUAUAGCAGGAACAAUGAAAGCACUAGAACACCUGAUACACCUUAUUCAUCACAACAUUCGACAAUGACCGCUAAUGUCAGCGCUAAUGAUGAUUAUGCUGAUGCAGAUGUUGACGAGGAGAUCGCCAAUGUUUUGAGCUUGAAACUGCGCAAACCGAAGCAUUGGCGUUGGGAGCUAAGUACAUCACGUUCAUGUUCCAAAAUCGCGCUGCCACGUAUACUGCUCUACGAUCACAAAGGUCAAUUGUUGGUGGAUGUAGACAGCCAAGAAGAGCAGUGCUAUAGUCAGCCACAAACGACGACACCACAGAAAACAGCUGAAGCGACGACUAUCGCUCAGCCACAUACACGCAAGCGUGUCAACAAAGCCGCAUCUACUAACUUGGCACAAUCGAUAAAACAAGCUUUGGAUCGACAAUUCAGUGGCUUGCAAAUACAAGAGGCGACACCCUCUCCGGUACCUUCUAACAAGAACAGUGUCGUGACCACGCCGUCCACCGAACAUGCCUCUACAUUAUCUUCAACUAUUGACUUUUUCACCAAUGAGCUGCCCGAUUUCAAAAUACAGCGUCGCGCUAAUUCAUUGAAGGGUGUACGUUUCAAAGUUACCGAAGUCUCAGAUGCAAACCCGGAUAUAAAUGGCAACGUUAAGAGCACGCAAAACUCAUUCAAUCUAGCCGAUUUGCCCACGCCGCCUUCUACAACAACAACCCCUACCACGCCCAGUAACUCUUCAUCGUCCGGUCCUCGCGAGAAGCGUCGUUACAAACGUUCGCAGAGUUCUGGCCGUUCACCUGCAACUUCUGAGUCGAUAUUGGAACGUUUUAGUUUCAAUAAGGGGCGAUUCUCUUCACCUGAAUAUGCCGAGGAACACGAAGUGUAUCACACACCGCGCUAUUUUUUGCGCACCAGCAAGGCAGGCACUCUAGUAGUGCAAGCGGAGAGCUUCAGCCGCUAUCGACGGCGACGUCGGCUGCGUAACUCAUCCACGGAAAAUAUACAGAGCAGUCAAGGAAGUGGCUCGAAAAGCUCACUCAAGAUGUUGGGCAGCGGUGCUCAUGAGCAAAUGAAUGCAAUAUCUGCAGAGCGUACAUGCGGUAGCCUAUUGAAUGUGACGGAGCUAGGGCCACAGGUGGCACGAAGAAAGGUAUUCCCUGUGCGUCGGUAUCGUAGCGACGGUAAUAUAUUGCUACAACAGCAGCCAAUCAGCUCGGAUGAGAAUGAAGAGCGUGAUCGAGAACAAGUAAAAGCGAAAGAUUCAGUGAUAGCUCAGCAACGGCAACGCAAAUAUCGCAAUGAUAGAAGGCAUAGCAGAAAAGAAUUUAUUAGCAUUGAUCCAGAAAAUGUUGUACAGCCUGGCGCUGCUGCCACGGGUUCAAGGUGAUGGCUGCUAUUUCCACGGGGCCAGUUGAGAUCGUCUACCUCAACACUCUAUACAUACAUACAAAUAUAUAGUACAUAUGGACUGUAGCUUUAAAUUUUGAAUGUUUAUGAAUGUAUGGAGUUAUGUAUUUAUUUAAGUAAGCGCAAGCUAAAAAUGUAAACAUCAUUAUUUCUUUGUAUGUAUAAAUAGUAAGCUUUUAAAUUGUGAUUGAAUUAAAUGUGAAGAAAACAUAAA